AUGGCUGAUGGCGAGGAAGACUUUUCCUCCCUUCCGUUGCCUGACCGGUUCGCUCACAAGAACUGGAAGGUGCGUAAGGAGGGCUACGAGGACGCCAAAGCGCAAUUCGAGAAAUCACCCGAUGAAUCAGACCCGGUUUUCGCGCCGUUUCUUCAACAUCCCGAGUUGUGGAAAGGGGCGGUCGCAGACUCGAAUGUUGCCGCACAGGUGGAGGGCCUGGGAUCGUAUUGUUCCUUUCUGAAGUUUGGUGGGGUACAGGCAUGCACCAGAACUCGCCAGUUUACUGUCGGGCCGAUCGCGGAGAAGGGACUCCCGUGCGCCAGACCAGUUGGCAAGGCCAACGCACAAGAAGCCCUCCUGUUAUGCGUCGAACUGGAUAAAGCAGACCCCGUACUCGAAGAUCUCAUUCCCACACUAUCACACAAAGUACCAAAAGUGAUUGCUGGUGCUCUGGCCGCCUUAACUGUCAUCUAUCACAAUUAUGGCUGCAAGAUUGUGGACCCGAAACCGACCCUGAAGGCGCUACCCAAGGUAUUCGGCCACGCAGACAAGAACGUUCGAGCGGAAGCACAAAACUUAACAGUGGAAUUAUAUCGAUGGCUUCGCGAGGCGAUAAAGCCCCUCUUUUGGGGAGACUUGAAACCGGUGCAACAGCAAGAUUUGGAGAAACUUUUUGAAAAUGUGAAGCAGGAGGCACCACCAAAGCAAGAGAGAUUCACCCGAGCUCAACAAGAUGCUAUGGCUGCAGCUAGCGCCUCUCCCGGAGGCGAUGGAGCCGAUGAUCAGGGUGGUGAAGAGUUCGCGGAAGAGGAGGGAGAAGAAGUGGAUGUGUUUGACCUUGCAGAGCCUGUCGACGUCAUGCCAAAAGUCCCUAAGGAUCUCCAUGAACAACUGGGCUCCUCAAAAUGGAAAGAUCGCAAGGAAGCAUUGGAUGCGCUCUAUAACGUGUUGAAUGUGCCUCGGAUCAAAGAUGGCCCCUACGAUGAAAUCGUGAGGGCUUUGGCCAAGUGUAUGAAAGAUGCCAACGUUGCAGUCGUUACAGUGGCUGCCAACUGUGUCGAUCUCCUGGCCAAGGGCCUCCGCAAUGGCUUCAUGAAGUAUCGAUCUACUAUCAUGGUACCAAUGCUUGAACGUCUCAAGGAGAAGAAGCAAUCGGUGGCAGAUGCUCUGGGUCAAGCCUUGGAUGCUGUCUUCGGGUCAACAGAUCUUGCGGACUGUUUGGAAGAGAUCCUGGAAUAUCUAAAGCAUAAGAACCCCCAGAUCAAACAGGAAACUGUCAAGUUUCUCGUUCGUUGUCUUCGCACAACAAGAACGGUUCCCGCUAAGCCUGAAAUCAAAUCGAUCGCCGAUGCGGGCACAAAACUACUCACGGAAUCUACUGAGGCUAUUCGAUCGGGCGGUGCCGAGGUUCUAGGGACGUUGAUGAAAAUUUUGGGCGAACGCGCCAUGAACCCUUAUCUCGAUGGGUUGGACGAAAUUCGCAAGACCAAGAUAAAGGAAUACUUUGAGACUGCUGAGGUAAAGGCCAAAGAGCGGCCAAAGCCAAUCGUUGGGCCCCCCAAAUCCGCAGCCGUCCCUCCCAGUAAGAAGAUUGUGCCUGGAAAGAAGCCGACUCUGGGAUUAAAGAAGCCAGCGCCCGCUGCCGCAGCACCUCCUGUUGAAGAGCCUCCUGCGAAACCUGCACCGAAGGCGAUUGCGUCGAAGCUUGGAAAGCCCGGUCUGGCCGCACCUGGCUCUGGUCUCAAGUUACAACGCAAACUUGCUGGGCCGGGAAGCGCUGCCUCACCUCAAAGGAGAGUAGCUUCUCCCCCGGAAGAGACAGCACCUCCACCAGCAGCACCCAAAUUUGGGCUUGGGCGUGGUCUUGCCGGCCGUCCUAUCGCGAAGCCCGCGGCUGCUGCUGAGCCGACUCCAGUCCCUGCCGCUCCGGCAGUAAGUGCUAUGUCUGCUGCAGACCGUGCAGAGCUGGAAGAGCUUCGAAUGGAGAAGGAAAAGUUUGCUCGGGUCAUCGAAGACAUGAAGUCCGAACGCUCUAAAUUCAAUUCACAAAUCACCGAGCUUCAGAAUCAGAACGCACAGCUGAUUGAAGAUCACACUAGAGAUGUUUUGAGUAUCAAGGCUAAGGAGACCCAGCUGGUUCGGGCGCGCAGUGAUGCUGAAGCUGCUGAGCAAAACGUUCAGAAGCAACAGCGCGAGAUUGAAAGAUUGAAGCGAGAGUUGGCCCGUGCUCUGCGGGCAUCCGCCAUGAGUCCACCUAACGCUGCGUCUGACACUGGCAGUAUAGGAAUUCCAGAGGCCUCAAUCUACCAAGAAUCUGCGAGCAACGGACAUGGUGCAGUUCCCCGAUCUGGCCUUCAUAUGGGAUCCCGAUUCGAAAGUUCACGGCCUCGAAGCUAUGCUUCUGCUAGUCCGAGCGAGGAGAAAGAAAACAAUGGCCUCGAGUCUCCAGGAUUCGGCAGCCGUGAGGGUGGUCUCGGUCGUCGCAAGCUAAGCCCAACCUAUGGUCUGUCUGGAAUCGGAAGCCCAACACGCUCAUCAGCUCGGGGAUCUGCCUAUGCUACUGACGAGGAGGGACAGCCCCGGUCCGCGGAGCCGGCCGAGAAUUGGAAACGGGCUGCUGAAGUCACCAGCCAGUUGAAGGCGAGGAUCGAACAAAUGAAGGCGAGACAAGGACUCUCACGAACCCCUGCCCAACGUUAA